AUAGGAGCGACGGUGUGUGUCAGAGCGGGCGGGGGGUAGGGAGGAGCACGAGUACGAGUACGGGCACGGGCAGGGGGAGGGGCGAACGCGCGCGCGCGUGUCUGUGUUUCUGUAUGUGUAAGGGGCUCGCUCAGUAGGGCUCUUUGCGCCAUCGGAGCGGCACGCGGGUGCCAUCGCGAUCCCCCCAACCCCAGCCCCGCCCCCAGCUCUGUAUCGGACUCGGACCGCCGCCGUCCCCCUACCUCCAUGGCGAAGAACACGCUGUCCUCGCGCUUCCGAAAGGUGGACAUCGACGAGUUCGACGAGAACAAGUUCGUGGACGAUCACGAGGAGGCGGCCGAGCACAUCGGACCUGAUGGCGCCGAGGUGGACGAUCUCAUCAGGCAAGGGGAUAUGAUGGCAGCUUUUCAUGUUGCACUGAGGAACCCUCCAAUCAACACGAAGAACCCAGCAAUAAAGGAGCGGGCACAAGCCAUCGUGCUGAAGGUGCUCACAUCUUUCAGGAGUAGCGAGAUCGAACAGGCCGUUCGGUCUCUGGACAGGAAUGGCGUGGACUUACUGAUGAAGUACAUCUACAGGGGUUUUGAGAAGCCUUCAGAAAACAGCAGUGCCAUUCUCCUCCAAUGGCAUGAGAAGGCCUUUGCAGUUGGGGGUUUGGGAUCCAUCGUUCGGGUUCUCACAGCCAGAAAGACUGUCUGAAAGAACUGUCAAGAGAGGACAAAUACAGACCGAGUCAAGGAAGACCAAGACAGGAUAUUGUGUUCUACUGAAGAAGGAGCAGAUUGCUUCUCCUCCUGAGGAUGUCAUACACUGAAAGGAUGAAGGAACAUGAGCAUAUGCCCAUAAAUAUAAAGAAAUAUUAUUUUAAGGAUAAGAGAUGCAAAGUUUAUAUCUAUUACGGAUGUGGUGUUGGAUAUUAUGGUUAGCUUUGGUUGUACAAGGUUUUGCACAUAUUCACAUUCUGCCUCGUUUUUUUUUUUGGUUUUAAGACAGUUGGAAGUCAAUAAUAAUUGAGUAAAGAAGAUUUUAAAAAGUUAACAGUAAGGCUGCCUGAAAUAUAGCCUUGAGUGUGUUGGGUAAGAUGGUGCAGGGUGAGAUGUAGUGUGAUGUUGCAAUCUACC